AUGAGCGUCAUUCUUUGCACCGCCGGAUAUGACCACACCAUUCGUUUUUGGGAAGCUCUGUCUGGAAUAUGCUCGCGGACUAUCCAGCAUCCGGACUCUCAAGUAAAUCGCUUAUGUAUCACCCCAGACAAGCGCUAUCUGGCCGCCGCAGGUCAUAACAAUGUCAAGUUGUAUGAUAUCAAGUCCACUAAUCCCAACCCGGUUAUGACCUUUGAUGGCCAUACGAACAACAUAACUGGUGUUGCAUUUCACUGCGAAGGCAAGUGGAUGGUCACUAGCUCGGAAGACGGCACGGUGAAAGUGUGGGACACGCGCACCGGCAGUCUACAACGCAACUAUGCCCAUAAAGCCCCCGUCAAUGACGUUGUUAUUCACCCCAACCAGGGUGAACUCAUCAGUGGUGAUCGCGCUGGUAUUGUCAGGGUUUGGGAUCUGGGCGAGAGCGUCUGCACUCAUCAGCUAAUUCCCGAAGAUGACGUUGCUGUACAAAGUGUCAGUGUUGCAAGCGACGGAUCUUUACUCUGCGCAGGGAAUAAAAAGGGCAAUGUUUACAUCUGGCGCAUGGUCCAAGAUGCGGAAUUGACUCGCAUCGUCCCAAUGUGUACCUUCCAGGCUCACAAAGACUACCUCACCCGCAUACUUCUCUCCCCCGACGUCAAGCAUCUCGCCACAUGCUCAGCAGACCACACAGCCAAGGUCUGGAACCUCGAUCUCGACUAUCCCCCGGCCAAGACAGCCGCCGCGCAAGCCAAGGCCAAUGGCAAAGCCAUCACCUCGGAACCUACAGAGACCCCUUCGUCCCCACCUCCUUCAGACAGCCUAGUGAACACCCCAAGCAGCGAGCAAGGCAGAGCCGACUUUAUUAACCCAUUCAGCUUCAUCAACGGAACCCCGCCGCCCACCAACGAGCCCCAGCAGACCUUCCCCGUACAACCCGAUGGCCCCCCAGUAGAUCCGAAUACCAACACCCUUUACCUGGAGACCACCCUAGCCAAUCACCAGCGAUGGGUGUGGGACUGUGCUUUCUCCGCGGAUUCAGCCUAUUUAGUCACCGUUUCGAGUGACCACUACGCUCGUCUAUGGGAGUUGGCUUCGGGCCAGGUUAUCCGUCAGUACAGUGGGCAUCACCGCGGGGCGGUGUGCGUUGCUCUGAACGAUUAUUCCGAGCCUCGGUGA